CCUCCGUGGGGGCUGUUCAACGAUUGGCCAGGGGCUGGAGGAGCGUGGUCCUGGGGCGGCCGGUGGGGUGGUCUGCUUCGGCGCACGCGAGGCUUUGGUGGAAGCGGCGGUCCUUGAUAAGUGAGCGAGUCCAGGGGAACACUCAUCACUGGGUCGGCAAGACCCAGGAACCCCAAUCCCCCGAGGAGGUGUGGCGGCGAGGUGCCGGCCGGUCGGUCCUGCUUCGUAGCCCACAGAGGGGGAACUGAGAAGCCCUCGGGACGAUCUUCUCACCAGCGCCUCAUAUAGACCAUGGCCGAACCGUUGAAGGAGGAGGACGGCGAAGAUGGCUCUGGGGAACCCCCUGGGCGGGUGAAGGCAGAACCCGUCCACUCCGCUGCAUCUGUCGUGGCCAAGAACCUGGCCCUGCUCAAAGCCCGCUCCUUCGACGUGACCUUUGACGUGGGGGACGAGUACGAGAUCAUCGAGACCAUAGGCAAUGGGGCCUACGGGGUGGUGUCCUCGGCGCGCCGCCGCCUCACGGGUGAGCUGGCUUCCUGAGGCUCAGCAUGUGUGGACUGCUUUCCAGAGGCCCCGCACGGUUCCAGGAGGAUCAGCUGCACCGGGGAUUCUGGUUCCACUCACGCUUACCGACUAGGUGCCAGCUCCCCGUUAGGUACCCUUCUCAGGAACCCUGUUUCUCCCAGUCCGCCUACUUUUUCCUUAGGGGAAGGAUAUCUCUUUAAGCCAGAAUAGAGAGAUACUCCUUGGUGCCCAUAAGAGAUACGUUCUAGAGCCAGAGAUUGGCACAAUGGAUUGGUGGUGGAAUGGGGAGGAUCAGUGAUGGAACGACUAUGUGAGGAGGGAGAAUGAAUUAGUACAAUCACAACCACCACUAACUAGCUGUGCCUCCUCUGUAUGUGAGCUCUUAGUCGCUGCUUCAUGAGGUAGUUGUGAAAUUAAAAUUUGCUCAAUGGUACACACAAGGCCCUGCACACAGUCAGCAGGUGGCCAUCAAGAAGAUACCUAAUGCUUUUGAUGUGGUGACCAAUGCCAAACGGACCCUCAGGGAACUGAAGAUCCUCAAACACUUCAAACACGACAAUAUCAUCGCCAUCAAGGACAUCCUGAGGCCCACUGUGCCCUAUGGAGAAUUCAGAUCUGUCUACGUGGUACUGGACCUCAUGGAAAGUGACCUACACCAGAUCAUUCACUCUUCACAGCCGCUCACACUAGAACAUGUGAGAUACUUCCUAUACCAGCUGCUUCGGGGCCUCAAAUACAUGCACUCUGCUCAGGUCAUCCACCGCGAUCUUAAACCCUCUAACCUUUUGGUCAAUGAGAACUGUGAGCUCAAGAUUGGUGACUUUGGAAUGGCCCGUGGCCUGUGUACAUCCCCUGCCGAGCACCAGUACUUCAUGACUGAGUAUGUGGCCACUCGCUGGUACCGUGCUCCUGAACUCAUGCUUUCGCUGCAUGAGUACACACAGGCUAUUGACCUCUGGUCUGUGGGCUGCAUCUUUGGUGAGAUGCUGGCUCGGCGACAGCUCUUCCCAGGCAAAAACUAUGUGCAUCAGUUACAGCUGAUCAUGAUGGUGUUGGGAACUCCAUCACCAGCUGUGAUUCAGGCUGUGGGGGCUGAAAGGGUGCGAGCCUAUAUCCAGAGCCUGCCACCAAGGCAGCCUGUACCUUGGGAGACAGUAUACCCGGGUGCUGACCGCCAGGCCCUCUCACUGCUGGGACGCAUGUUGCGAUUUGAACCCAGUGCCCGAAUCUCAGCUGCUGCUGCCCUUCGCCACCCCUUCCUGGCUAAGUACCACGACCCUGACGAUGAGCCUGAUUGCGCCCCACCUUUUGACUUUGCUUUUGACCGUGAAGCCCUUACCAGGGAGCGCAUUAAGGAGGCCAUUGUGGCUGAGAUUGAGGACUUCCAUGCACGACGGGAGGGCAUCCGCCAACAAAUUCGCUUCCAGCCCUCUUUGCAGCCUGUGGCUAGUGAGCCUGUGUGUCCAGAUGUCGAGAUGCCCAGCCCCUGGGCUCCAAGUGGAGACUGUGCCAUGGAGUCACCUCCUCCAGCACUACCACCAUGCUCUGGCCCUGCCCCUGACACUGUUGAUCUGACUCUGCAGCCUGCCCCGCCCGCCAGUGAGCUUGCUCCGCCAAAAAGAGAGGGUGCCAUCUCCGACAAUACCAAAGCAGCCCUCAAAGCUGCUCUGCUCAAGUCCCUGAGGAGCCGGCUUCGAGAUGGGCCCAGUGCACCCUUGGAGGCCCCUGAACCUCGAAAGCCUGUGACAGCUCAGGAACGUCAGCGAGAGCGAGAAGAGAAGCGCAGGAGGCGACAAGAGAGAGCCAAGGAGAGGGAGAAGCGACGACAAGAGCGGGAGCGCAAGGAGAGGGGGGCUGGCACCUUGGGGGGCCCCUCUACUGACCCUUUGGCUGGAUUGGUGCUCAGUGACAAUGACCGAAGCCUGCUAGAGCGGUGGACUCGCAUGGCUAGGCCUCCUGUCCCUGCACCAGCACCAGCACCAGCACCAACACCAAAACCAACACCAACACCAACACAGUCCUCUGCUCAACCCACUAGUCCUCCCAAUGGCCCUGUAUCUCAGUCUACUGCUCCUCUACAGCCUGCAGGCUCUAUUCCUGGUCCUGCCUCCCAGCCUGUUUGCCCACCCCCUGGGCCUGUUCCCCAGCCUGCUGGCCCUGUCCCUGCCCCUCUCCAGACUGCCCCUUCCACUAGCCUUUUGGCCUCCCAGUCACUUGUGCCACCUAGUGGGUUGCCUGGUUCUGGUGCCCCAGAAGUUCUGCCUUACUUCCCAUCUGGCCCACCACCUCCAGAUCCUGGGCUCACCCCUCAGCCUUCUACAUCAGAGUCACCUGAUGUCAACCUGGUGACCCAGCAACUGUCCAAGUCUCAGGUGGAGGACCCCCUGCCUCCCGUGUUCUCAGGCACUCCAAAGGGCAGUGGGGCUGGCUACGGUGUUGGCUUUGACCUGGAGGAAUUCUUAAACCAAUCUUUUGACAUGGGUGUGGCUGAUGGGCCACAGGAUAGCCAGGCAGACUCAGCCUCACUCUCAGCCUCCCUCCUUGCUGACUGGCUUGAGGGCCACGGCAUGAACCCCGCUGACAUUGAGUCUCUGCAGCGUGAGAUCCAGAUGGACUCCCCAAUGUUGCUGUCUGACCUGCCUGACCUCCAAGAACCCUGAGACCCACAGCUUGUGCCUUGCUGCCAGGACAGACCCAGCUUCAAGGUCCAGGGGUGCAGUCCAGAGGGCUGCAGCCUUGAGCCUGGCAGGUGAGGCUCAGCUUGAGUUACUCUGCAGGUUCAUCUCAGACCCACCGUUCAGCCUUAAGCAGCCGCCUGAGCCACCACCGAGCCAUAACAGGAUGGGAGGCUCUACUCCUUCCUGCGCAGUCUUCUCCAGUGUUGUAUUUUUAUUACUGUUGUAAUAUGCAUUUGUUUUGCCAUCGAAAUGAGGCCUGUGAAAUACAAGGUUUCCUUUAA